AACACGCUUUGUAGAGAGACGCGGUUUUUUCAAAAAUACAAUACCUCGCGCGCAGAGCCGAUCAGAAACAUUUUUUCCCUGUUUGCUCACAGAUUCACUUGUUUUCUUAGCCUUUCUGUUUGGAGCAGUAUUUGUGUGCAGUUUUUCAAUUCCAUGGCAACAGUGUAUCCUUUUCAGGAGAUUGUCCCCUUGUCUGUAACCGCUGAUGCUGCUUCCUCCUCUUCCGGCUCUUCUACUUCUUUCGACGUUUUCAUAAACCAUUGCGGAUCUGACGUCAAAUUCACCCUGGCCGCUAGCCUCUACGACAAACUUAGCGCUUCGGGAGUCUCUGUCUUUCUUGAUGUCGAUUCUCUUCAACCGGGCGAUGUCAUUCCAGCAAAACUCCAACAGGCCAUGCGCUCGGCACUACUUCAUAUUGCCAUUUUCUCUAUUAAUUAUGCUGCAUUCCCCUGGUGUUUGGCAGAGCUCUCUUUCAUGCUCGACACGGGUAAACCAAUUAUUCCAGUGUUCUAUCAUGUUCACCCUUCUGAUCUGCGCUGGGUGCGUCAAGGAAAUGGAAUAUAUGCUGCUGCAUUUUCCCACUAUGAAAAUAAGCAAAGAUACUCUACUGAAAAGGUUGAGGAGUGGGUGGUGGCACUGGAGAGAGCUUCAUUUCUUAACGGCAUCGAGGUCAAGGAUAAUAAAGAUGAGAGGAUGUUGUUGAAGAAUAUUGUAAAUAUGGCAUCCAAGAUACUGCCUAAGGCGCCCUUUCUGGUAGCUCGUAAUCCCGUUGGACUGGAUGAUAUCGUACUGGAUUUUGAAAGAAAUACAGCUCAAUCUGAACCUGCCGAGAAUGAGCACAAUGUUCAAGUUAUUGGGAUCGUGGGAAUGGGCGGAGCAGGUAAAACGACGCUGGCAAAAGAGUUGUUUAACAGGAAAUCCUCAUCCUUCCAAAGAUCCAGUUUUGUAUUUGCAGUGCGAGAUGCUGCAAGCAGAAAUGCUUUGCAUGAGAAGCAGAAAAAGCUUCUGGAGGACCUUGGUGUCCAAGACUUGUCACUCGACAACAUAGAAGAAGGCAAAGCGGGACUGGCAAGUCGGUUGAGAUCUGUUCAUGCGCUCAUCGUUCUGGAUGACGUGGAUCAUGAAGAACAACUCGAUGCUCUGUUGCCAAGUAAAGACUGCCUUGCAUCCAGCAGUCUUGUCAUCGUCACAACUCGUGACUUGCAUCUCCUUGCGAAAUGGGGCUCCAUUAUGUAUAUGAUGAAGGGAUUGACAUACUACCAUGCAAAAGAACUUUUCUGUUGGCGCGCUUUCUUACAAUCCUGUCCAAAAGAGGGAUUUGAAGAUAUUGUUGAAAAGUUUUUGGAAUCUUGCAGUGGAUUGCCUUUGUCGCUUGAGGUCUUUGGAGGACUAGUUUAUGGCAGGUCUAAGGGAUUUUGGGAAUCUCAGCUAGAUAAAAUCUCAAGAGUGCUGCCGGAAGAUAUUAAAAGGAGGUUGAAAGUCAGCUAUGAUGCACUGGACGAAGAAGAGAAGGAGAUGUUCAUGGAUGUGGCUUGUUUCUUCAUCGGACGAAAGAAAAGCUUGGCCAUUCAAGUAUGGGAUGGAUCGGGAUGGAGUGGGUUACAGGGGUGGGAAACACUUGUUAACAAGUGUUUGGUUAAUGUGGAUGGAAAUAAUGAUAUAAUAACAAUGCAUGACCACCUGAGGGAUUUGGGAAGGGAUCUGGCAGGUGGACAUACACCUUCUCGAGUAUGGCUUCCAGAGCAAAUAAUGAAUAUACAGAAACAGGAUAGGGGAGGAAGGUCUAUUAGAGGGAUACAUCGUUCUCCAUUGGAAUAUUUUGACGAGCCAUUGCGUCGUCGGCAGUGUCUGAAAAAGUUGUUUGAGCUGAUAGGAACCUCGGAAAGAUUUUUUGGGUACCCUCCACCUUCCUCUCUCGGGUUAACAUUUUAUACUGGCACAGAAGAAGAGUUUAUCAAAUAUUUCGGCACGCCAUCAGAAGACCCUGUCUGGCUCAGGUUGGAUAAAUUUGAAGGGAGAAAACUACUCUCAUGGUCACUUAAAAAAUUAAGAAUUUUGGAGCUCACCUAUGCUAUCCGCUUAAGAGAACUCUGGGGUAAUUCAGAUCCUCCGUUGCAGUUAAGAGAACUGAAGAUUGUUUGCGCCUAUAAAUUACAAAGGAUUCCAAAUUCAAUAGGACUUCUAGAGGAAUUGAAAUGCAUAGAUCUCAAUUAUUGUACAGCAUUGAAGAAACUCCCAGAAGAGUUUUGUGGCCUCCGAUCACUUGAGUGGCUGAGAUUAUCAACUUGUUCGAUGCUGUCUUCAUUACCUAGCCGUUUGGGGGAUCUGAUAAACAUGCGGCAUCUAGAUUUGAGCUAUUGUAAGAGGCUGCAGACCUUGCCAGAAUCUUUCAAGCAGCUGAGACACCUUCAACAUCUCAUUUUGUAUUAUUGUGAGGAACUCACCUUGAGAUCCGACAUGCUGGAAAACAUAAGUAACCUGGAAUAUUUUAACUUUGAAGGAUGCCGGAAGUUGGAACAAUUGCCAAAUCAAAUGACACAUCAAGUGCGUUUGAAAGAGCUCCGUAUUGUGAGGACAGGCAUAAGGCAGGUUCCGAGUGACAUUGGCGAACUCAGAAAAUUGGAAGUGCUGGAGAUAGCGCAAAGUCCGUUUUUGGCCAGCUUGCCGUCCGCUCUCGGAAAUCUGUCCAGCUUGACUCGACUCAGCAUAGAGAGUCCCUUGUUGACAACCAUACCGACCUCUCUGGUAAAUCAGUCCAGCUUGACUUUACUCGUUAUAAAUAGUCCCUUGUUAACAAGUUUACCAACCUUUUUUAUGGACUUGUCCUGCCUGACUACACUGCAUCUCUUUAAUUGUAAAAUGUUGAAUUCUUUACCGGAGAUCGUGGGGUCUCUAAAUAUGCUGAAGAUGAUUAAGAUAGUUUCCACAGGAGUGUCAACGAUAUCAAUAACUGAAGACAGCUGUCCCAGCCUCGAAUGGCUUGAACUUCACAAUAAUGAUCAUCUAAGGGAUAUUCAAACCCUGCCAACAUCAAUGCGGACACUAAGGGUAAGUAGAUGUAAAAUGCUGAAGAAAAUAAUGGGUCUUCGCUGUUCAGCAAAUCUUCAAUUUCUUUGCAUAAAAUGGUGUCCGGAGUUAAAUGAGAUCGCAAGUUUUACAGAUUUUCAUUCCAUCAAAGAGGUCAGGAUAGAAGAUUGCAACAAAGUUGUCAAAAUCGAAGGGCUACAACAUUCGAGGUCCUUGAAGGUAGAGAUAUAUUCCACGGGAGUGGCAACGAUAUCAAUAAGUGGAGACAGCUGUCCCAGCCUCGAAGCUCUCCAACUUGGCAACAAUGGUGAUCUAGUGGAUAUCCAAACCCUGCCGACAUCACUGCGGAGGCUAGAGGUAUCCAACUCUAAAUCGCUGAAGAAGAUAAUGGGUCUUCGCGGUCUAGCAAACCUUCAGUCUCUUUCUAUAAGCAAUUGUUCGGAGUUAAAUGAGGUCUCAAGUUUUGCAGAUUUCCAGUCCAUCAAAGAGGUUAGGGUAAAAGAUUGUGACAAAGUUAUGAGAAUCGAAGGGCUAGAGAAUCUGAGGUCAUUGGAGACGUUGGAGGUAAAGACAUCAUGGAAGUGCCAAGGCAUACAAAGUUUGGAGGGCAUGGAGAAAUUGGAGAGAUUGGUAAUGGUAGCAGAGAACAGAUCAGCUAUUCAACGCUGCAUUCAGACUAUAAAGAAAUGGCCAGGCGAGAUGGUGAUAUGCGGAAGGGCAGUGAGUGGUGCAGAGUCGGUGAUGAAUUCUCUUUCCUGUCCCACCCUUACCAUGCUGCCAUUCAAAAAGAUAUGUAGAAGUCAAUGGGAGGUAGAAUGUGCGAAGACGAAUGCUUCCGAUGCGGUCGUCGUAUGUUUCCUUGUAAAUUCAUCCGCAUAUAGUGGAUUCUAUAUGAAUGUUAGUGGUCGGCCGGUAAUCAAAGAUGUGCGAUUGAGAGAGGGGAAAUGGGUGAUUGUAGUUGUGUUGAGACAAGAAAUAGACUUGCUUUUUGGGAAAGUUUGUUUGUAUGCAUCAGGAAGGAAGAGUGAGGUUAAGAGAGGAAUGAUGUUGAUGGGAGAGGAAGGAAGAGUGCUAGGGGGAAUUACACGAUUCUGGCCAUUGUUCAUCUAAUAUGUGUAACUUUCCAAAUUUCCAUUGAUGCGAGACAAAAAGUUUAAAUUAAAUAAAAGAAUAUUUAUUUUGCAAGAA